AUGCGGUCUUUCUUCUUGACUGUGCUCUGCACUGUUCUUUUGCUCGGGACACUAUCCUCGGCUUGGCCAUGGAGCCGGAAUGGAAUGUUUUUGGGCGACUCCCUAGAUAAGCGACAAGACACCACUAAUGCCGAAACUACUGAUACCACCACCAACGCAGCGACUUCCGACACCACGACCUCUACCAACACCGCGUCUGAGACCUCGUCCUCGUCCGAUACCAUCACUAGCACAAACACCGAUACAAAGACCGCGACCGAUUCGGAGACAACGACUGGUACCAACACCAAUACCAAAACCACCAAGACCAAGACAACCGCUACCUCCUCCAUUUCCAUUGAUCCCGCUGCCGCUGCUGGCGGCGUGUCCAUGAUCACCCCGAAUGCUUUGUCUACAAGCUAUUACAAGAUCGGUCAGGAGGUGACCUUCAAAUGGAACUACACUUCGCUCUCGGUCACACCAUCUGCGGUCAAUGUCGUGGCUUCGUGCAGCUUGAACAAGCAGGAAUAUACUUUGACCUCCAACAUGAGUGUGAAGGCCACUGGAAGCGUGAUCUGGGAUACAGGAAAAUACCAGAGUUCGGCCACCAUUCCGUUGCUUACAGCGACUUAUACUCUCUUCGUCUAUGAUUCCAGCAAGGAAAUUGAUGACACUGCUUCUGCCGGACAUUUGAGCUCGCAGAACGGAUACUCCUUCGGAAUGUAUACCCCGCAGGCUUACACCCCGCUCAAUGAAUUCCACUGUGCCACCUGCAGCGGUGCCUUGUCCGAAACCACUCGCCAGGCCCUCAAGUUCACGUUCGGAAUGGCCGUCAUUACAUUUGCCUCCUUUACCUGGUUCGCUGGGAGUGCUGGCGUAUUGUCCUAA